GUCCGUCAUGCUGCGACUGAAGCUGCUGUGGGUCCCGCGGUGUCUACCUAGGACUGCUGGGGUCCCCGGGAAGACCCUUUGCCUCCGGAAGUUCGCUUCCAGCGUUUCUGCCCCGGGCAAUGCCUCGACCAGAGCGCUAAAUAUCUUUGACCGGAAUUUGAAGAGGAAACAGAAGAACUGGGCGGCCCGGCAACCCGAGACGAUGAAGUUUGACUAUCUGAAAGAGGAGGUUGGAAGUCGGAUUGCAGAUCGUAUAUAUGACAUAGCCAGAGAUUUUCCCUUUGCUUUGGAUGUUGGCUGUGGACGAGGUUACAUAGCACAACACUUGAAUAAGGAAACUGUCGGAAAGCUUUUUCAAACAGACAUUGCAGAAAAUGCUCUGAAAAAUAGCUCAGAAACAGAAAUUCCUAUUGUCAGUGUUUUAGCUGAUGAAGAAUUCCUUCCCUUCCAAGAAAAUUCAUUUGACCUGGUGGUUAGCAGUUUAAGUUUACACUGGGUGAAUGAUCUUCCUAGAGCACUUGAACAGAUUCAUUACGUUUUGAAACCAGAUGGAGUGUUUAUUGGUGCAAUGUUUGGAGGUGACACACUCUAUGAACUUCGGUGUUCAUUACAGUUAGCAGAAACAGAAAGGGAAGGAGGAUUUUCUCCACACAUCUCUCCAUUCACUGCUGUCAAUGACCUGGGACAUUUGCUGGGGAGAGCCGGCUUCAAUACACUGACUGUGGACACUGAUGAAAUUCAAGUUAACUAUCCUGGAAUGUUUGAGUUGAUGGAAGAUUUACAAGGUAUGGGUGAGAGCAAUUGUGCUUGGAAUAGAAAAGCUCUACUGCACCGAGAUACGAUGCUUGCGGCUGCCGCGGUGUAUAAAGAAAUGUACAAAAAUGAAGAUGGUUCAGUACCUGCCACAUAUCAGAUCUAUUACAUGAUAGGAUGGAAAUACCACGAUUCACAGGCACAACCAGCUGAAAGAGGUUCUGCAACUGUGUCAUUUGGACAGCUAGGAAAAAUAAACAGUAUUAUGUCAGAGAACAAAAAAUCACAAUAAAUAUUUUAUUCAGU